AUGACAGUAAACAACCUCUCAAUCGUCCUGGCCGAGCGGCCCACCGAUGACAUCGUCCCCGGCACAACCUUUGCUCAGAAAAUCACUCCUGCUCCCACACCGGCAGACCUCAAGGAUGGCGAGAUCCUCGUCGAGGCUCUCUACCUUUCCCUGGACCCGGCGAUGCGAGGCUGGCUGCAAGAUACUCGCUCUUACCUCCCCCCCGUCCAGAUCGGCGAAGUCAUGCGCGGUGCCUCCAUCUGCCGCGUGAUCGCCUCCAAGAGCAAGCAGGCCGCCGCCGGCGACUACGUCUGCGGCUUCACUGGCUGGACCCAGUACGCCAUCCUCCGCGAGGGCUCCUUCGAGCCCUCGGCCAACUACCCCGGCCUGCGGGACCCCAAGGACAUGCUCUCCGUCCUCGGCAUGACUGGCAUCACCGCCUGGGUCGGUAUGACCAAGAUUGGCGAGCCCAAGGCUGGUGAGACGGUGGUUGUGUCCGGCGCCGCUGGUGCCACCGGCAGCGUCGCCGGCCAGAUUGCCAAGCUCAAGGGUGCUCGCGUCGUUGGCCUUGCCGGCAGCGACGCCAAGUGCAAGUGGCUGGUUGAGGAGCUCGGAUUCGACGUUGCCCUCAACUACAAGGAUCCCGACUUUAAGCAGAAGCUUGCCGAGGCUACUCCCAACUACAUUGACGUCUACUUUGACAAUGUCGGUGGCGAAAUCCUCAACGCCUGUCUGGCCCGCGCAAAGGAGCACGCCCGCUUCGUCAUGUGCGGCGGCAUCAGCCAGUACAACACGUCCAAGCCCCAGGGCCCCAGCAACAUCAACAAGAUCAUCACCAUGCGCAUCAAGAUGCAGGGCUUCAUCGUCUUCGACCACAUCAAGGACUACCCCAAGGCCCGCCAGGAGCUCUCGCAGUGGAUGGCCGAGGGCAAGAUCAAGAAGACGGAGCACAUCCUCAAGGGCGGCCUGCAGGUGGCCGAGCAGGGCCUCGUCGGCCUGUACAAGGGAACCAACACCGGCAAGCUGCUGGUCGAGGUCAAGGACCCCAACGAGGCUCCUUCCAAGCUGUGA